AUGGCUCCAGCGUGAACGUUAAUCACAAAGGACUCAUUCUCGCUCAGUGGACGCCAGCGAAGACUGUUUCCGUUGGAGCUCUCACACUCUUCCCGAGUCGCCGGAGUCCCGUCGGCGGAACCAGAUUUUUCCGGCGCGGCUCCCACUUUCGGGUCUUUGUCUGCUGCCUCUCCGUUGACUCGGUCGCCGGAUCUCGGAGGCGUCUGGUUUGGGUUGGAUUGGAGCGAAGGAGGAAGGGGGACGAACAGUGAGUCUUUGGAGAGUGAGAAUCUAGACUUCUGGAUUUCUCUUCGUGGUGGUCUUCCUUUUAGCCCUAGGUUUUGCGCUAGGCCUGCGGUUAGUGAGGGGUUUCUUCUUCUCGGGCUCUGCCUUUUUCCUGUUUUUUCUUUUUUGUCUGCUUUCUUUUUUGGCGCUUUUUUGGUUGGAGAGGGGCUUGUGCGUGUGCGUUUGGGGAGAUUGGGAGUUAGGGUUUGGUGCUUUUUGGUGUUUGCGUCUUUGAAGGAACGUGUUUGAUUUGGGUUCUUUCCGAGUUUUUGUCUCACUGGAGUUGAUUAUGCAUAGGUUCUUUGUUUCUUCCGGGAUGAUUUAGUUCGCCGUUAUGGCGCGGGGUUUGAUGCGGGGUGGUGGUUUGGGGUUUUGUUUUUGUCUGUGAGUUGGAAAAUGUAUGAGAAGACUGCAAGGUGCAGAUGCUCUGUCUCUUAGUGGUCAUGGAUUUCGUCUGAAGGACGAGUGGCUGGUGGGAGUGUGUUUUGGUUGACGGGUUUUAGGGUUUUGGCGUUUCUGUUACUCGAUGUGAGAGGAAAUUGUAGGGGGAAGAAGGUGGAAAGAUGAUGUCGAGGGGCUUGUUCGGGUGGUCGCCGCCGCAUAUACAGCCGCUCACCCCAGUGUCAGAGGUUUCGGAGCCGCCGGAGUCGCCUUCCCCUUACUUGGAUUCGAACGCGGAAGCACUUGCGGUGGAAGAUGAUGCGGAGCUCGACGCGGAGGAGGAGAUUGAACCCCCACCCGCUGCCGUGCCGUUCUCUAGACUGUUUGCUUGUGCAGAUGGGUUUGAUUGGGUGCUAAUGAUCGUUGGCUCGUUGGCUGCUGCAGCUCAUGGAGCGGCCCUUGUCGUUUAUUUGCACUUCUUUGGGAAGGUGAUCAACCUUCUGCGGAUUGAUCAUUUGCCCCCUGAUCAGCUGUUCGACGAAUUCAAGAAGCAUGCUCUAAACAUCGUUUACAUAGCUGUUGCUGUUUUUGCUGCUGGAUGGAUAGAGGUCUCCUGCUGGAUUCUUACUGGUGAAAGGCAAACUGCUGUCAUAAGGUCAAAGUAUGUCCAAGUGUUGCUAAACCAGGACAUGAGUUUUUUUGACACAUAUGGGAACAAUGGUGACAUAGUCAGUCAAGUAUUGAGUGAUGUCUUGCUUAUCCAGUCUGCUAUCAGUGAGAAAGUUGGUAACUAUAUCCACAACAUGGCAACUUUUGUUGGCGGUCUUGUGAUUGGCUUAGUUAACAGCUGGCAAAUUGCACUUCUUACUCUAGCAACUGGCCCCCUCAUUGUUGCAGCGGGAGGAAUAUCAAAUAUAUUUUUGCAUAGGCUUGCUGAAAAUAUUCAAGAUGCAUAUGCUGAAGCUGCCAGUAUUGCUGAGCAGGCAGUUGCUUACAUAAGGACCUUAUAUGCAUUCACAAAUGAGACAUUGGCAAAGUAUUCUUAUGCAACUUCACUUCAAGCAACGCUUAGAUAUGGAAUACUAAUUAGUCUUGUCCAAGGCCUUGGACUUGGUUUUACUUAUGGCCUUGCCAUAUGCUCAUGUGCAUUAGAACUUUGGGUUGGUCGUUAUCUUAUUUCACAUAAGAAAGCCAAUGGAGGUGAAAUAAUUACUGCUCUUUUUGCCGUGAUCUUGAGUGGCCUUGGAUUAAAUCAAGCAGCAACAAACUUCUAUUCGUUCGACCAGGGGAGAAUUGCUGCAUAUAGACUUUAUGAGAUGAUAAGUCGUUCAACUUCCAGUGUGGAUCAGGAAGGAUGUACUUUAGAUUCAGUACAGGGGAACAUUGAAUUUCGUAAUGUCUAUUUUAGCUACCUUUCUCGGCCAGAGAUCCCUAUCUUAAGUGGAUUUUAUUUGACUGUCCCUGCAAAAAAAACAGUGGCUCUUGUUGGCAGAAAUGGCUCAGGGAAGAGCAGUAUCAUCCCUCUAAUGGAGCGCUUCUAUGAUCCUACUUUAGGGGAAGUCCUUUUAGAUGGAGAAAACAUCAAAAGUCUCAAAUUGGAGUGGUUGCGGAGUCAGAUUGGACUGGUUACCCAGGAGCCUGCCCUUUUGAGUUUAAGCAUUAAGGAGAAUAUUGCAUAUGGACGGUCAACUGUUACUGAUGAUCAGAUAGAAGAGGCUGCAAAGAUUGCACAUGCACAUACUUUUAUCAGCUCACUUCCCAGAGGCUACGAUACUCAGGUGGGUAGGGCUGGCUUGACGUUGACUGAAGAACAAAAGAUAAAGCUGUCUGUUGCUAGGGCAGUUCUAUCAAACCCAUGCAUUCUGCUUCUUGAUGAGGUCACUGGAGGGCUUGACUUUGAGGCAGAGAGGGCAGUUCAAGAGGCUCUGGAUAUUCUCAUGUUGGGCCGGUCAACGAUCAUUAUAGCUCGGCGGCUUAGUCUUAUCCGAAAUGCUGACUAUAUUGCUGUUAUGGAAGAGGGACAGCUUGUGGAAAUGGGUACACAUGAUGAAUUAUUAGCUGCAGAUGGCUUGUAUGCGGAGCUUCUGAAAUGUGAAGAAGCAGCCAAACUUCCUAAGAGAAUUCCAAUAAAAACUUAUAAAGAAGCUGCUGCUUUCCAAAUAGAAAAGGACUCCUCAGCAAGUCAUAGUUGCCAAGAACCUUCGUCUCCUAAGAUGAUGAGAUCAGUUUCUCUUCAAAGAGCACACAGUGUCCAUGGCUCGCGUCAACUGGACACUAGUUAUAACUCACAGGAAUCACCGAAGGCGCAUAGUCCACCAUCUGAAAAGAUGCUUGAAAAUGGGAUGCCUUCAGAUGCACCAGAGAAAGUACCUUCAAUAAAGAGGCAGGAUAGCUUUGAGAUGUUAUUGCCUGAAUUACCAAAAAUUGAUGUACAUCCAGCACAACAGCAAACUUCAACUAAUUCUGAUCCAGAAUCGCCCAUUUCACCACUUUUGACAUCUGAUCCUAAGAAUGAGCGCUCACACUCAAAGACUUUUAGUCGUCCUCUUUAUCAAUUUGACGAGUUCCCAUUGAAAGAUAGGGGUAACAGAGAUUCUCAGCAUCAGAAACCACCUUCUUUCUGGAGGCUAGCAAAGCUUAGUUCUGCAGAGUGGCUCUAUGCACUCCUUGGAAGUAUUGGAGCUGCCAUAUUUGGCUCAUUUAAUCCACUUCUUGCGUAUAUUAUUGCACAGAUAGUGUCAGCUUAUUACAAAGCGUCUGGACAUCAUUUUCAUUUUGAAGUAAAUAAGUGGUGCUUGAUUAUAGCUUGUAUGGGUAUUGUUACUGUGGUUGCAAACUUUUUGCAGCAUUUCUACUUUGGAAUAAUGGGAGAAAAAAUGACAGAACGGGUUAGAAGGAUGAUGUUCUCAGCUAUGUUGCGGAACGAGGUGGGUUGGUUUGAUGAAGAAGACAACAGUGCAGAUACCUUGUCAAUGCGCUUAGCAAAUGAUGCUACUUUUGUUCGUGCAGCCUUCAGCAACCGUCUUUCUAUAUUUAUCCAAGACACUUCAGCUGUUAUUGUUGCACUUCUUAUUGGGCUGUUGCUACAGUGGCGAGUGGCACUUGUCGCACUUGCAACUUUACCAGUACUUAUUCUUUCUGCUAUUGCACAGAAAAUGUGGCUUGCUGGAUUUUCUAGAGGCAUUCAGGAGAUGCACAGGAAGGCAUCCUUGGUCCUUGAGGAUGCCGUCAGAAAUAUUUACACUGUAGUUGCAUUCUGUGCUGGCAAUAAAGUGACGGAGUUGUACAGGGUCCAGCUUGGGCAAAUAUUUACUCAGAGUUUUUUUCAUGGGAUGGCAAUUGGUUUUGGAUUUGGGUUGUCACAGUUCUUGCUAUUUGCUUGUAAUGCACUGCUCCUAUGGUAUGCAGCUGUCUCUGUCAAGCAUCAUCACGUUGGCCUGGUGACAGCUCUGAAGGAAUACAUGGUGUUUUCUUUUGCCACUUUUGCUCUUGUGGAGCCGUUUGGUCUUGCACCAUACAUACUGAAGCGGCGGAAAUCAUUGACUUCAGUAUUUGAAAUUAUUGACCGUUUACCAAAGAUUGAUUCAGACGAUACUAGUGGCCUGAAACCACCGAAUGUAUAUGGAAGCCUUGAACUGAAGAACGUGGAUUUUUGUUAUCCAACUCGCCCAGAUGUGUUGGUACUCAGCAAUUUCAGUCUCAAGGUUAACUGUGGACAAACUGUGGCUAUAGUAGGAGUAUCUGGUUCGGGGAAGAGCACAAUUAUCUCACUUAUAGAGAGAUUCUAUGACCCUGUUGCUGGGCAGGCUUUGUUGGACGGCAGAGAUCUGAAGCUGUUCAACUUAAGAUGGUUAAGGAGCCAUCUGGGCCUCAUCCAGCAGGAGCCGAUUAUCUUUUCGACCACAAUACGAGAGAACAUCAUAUAUGCAAGGCAUAAUGCAACAGAGGCAGAGAUGAAAGAGGCGGCACGGAUAGCCAAUGCCCACCAUUUCAUUAGCAGCUUGCCACAUGGUUAUGACACCCAUGUGGGCAUGAGGGGUGUGGAUUUGACUCCUGGGCAGAAGCAGAGGAUUGCAAUUGCAAGGGUAGUUCUCAAAAAUGCUCCCAUCUUGUUACUGGAUGAGGCAAGCUCUGCAAUCGAAUCUGAGUCAAGUAGAGUGGUGCAGGAAGCUUUAGAUACACUGGUCAUGGGGAACAAGACAACCAUACUAAUUGCUCAUAGGGCAGCGAUGAUGAGACACGUGGACAAUAUUGUGGUUCUUAAUGGUGGCCGCAUUGUAGAACAAGGGACGCAUGAUGCACUGGUGGCAAUGAAUGGGUUGUACGUGCAGUUAAUGCAGCCACACUUUGGAAAAGGUCUACGCCAACGACGCUUACUGUAAGCUAAGCUAUAUGACCCGAAGCACGAUUGCCAUCUGAUUUAAUUUGAAUCCCAUCACUUGUGCUUCCUAGUUCCUAGCAUGGCAGGUCAGGGCCCGUAAUCACGAACUUGCUAUGGAGGCACGUGACUCAAGGGACCUGAUUGAUUUGUAACAUUAUUGAAUUUGAGUUCAGGAGUAGCUGUUGUUGUAGGCUAGAAGCAGGUUUUUGUACGUUAUGAUACGAGUGGUGGUGGGUUGUGAGAGCUUGACGGUGUGUGAAGGCAUUCUUUCUGAGGAAACCAGCAUUCUCUGUACAAAGGAUGAAUGCACUUUCCUCGUAAUGUAUUUGUUAUAAAUCAAAAGAGAGUGGGAUAAUCAAAUUCUUUAUCUGUAGCUUGUGAAAUGAAAUUUGUAUUCCAUCUGAGCUUUGUAUUUUA